AUUGGGUGAGACAGAAACUAUCAGUAUUUCUUUGUUUAAUCACAAGGGCAUUUUAUCCACUCUGUUCUCUACUUCACAUAAUAAAAAUGCGCUCGGAAAACCUCGGGUACUACCCUAUAUGUCAUCCGAGUUUCUUGGGCGAAGAGUUGCACACUGUGUAUAGAAAGCUGGGAUUUUCGUUGGAUAACAGCUUUUAUGUUCCUCUGUUAUAUUAUUAGCCUGGAUAAUAUUAAGACAUCAUUUGCGCUAGUUUAUUUCUGUAUUUGUGUAACUUUUCUCAAGGUCGAGAAAAAAAAAAAGAAGAUGGCAUUUCAAUGUCCUUACUGUUCCAGAAGUUUUGAGAAUGAUGCUGCGUAUCGCUUUCAUAAAUAUACCCAUGAAAGAAUCGAGGAAUUAAAUUUACUUAUUCCAGCUAAAUUGAAAAAAAGCAAUGCAAAACAACCCGAAGAUUCUCAGCUUAUUCAAAAAUGCAGAUGCUGUGGGGCCGAAUUUCGUGACAAUGAAGAAUUGUUUCGAUUUCACGAAGAAUUACAUCAAACAGGAGGAGGAUCCAGUGAGUCUCUCGGAUAUUCAUUUACCAAAUUAAAUGAGAAAACUUUCAAGAAAAAUAAAGCCAUUGAUCGACAUUACGUCGUCAAAUUGAAUUCAGAGUUCGCACAAUCUAAAAUGAAAGUUAAAGAUGUCCAAGAUCAACUGUCAAACAUGUUUAGUUCCACUUUAGAACAAUCUACAGAAAAUCUCAAAGACACCGAUUUAAUUCGUGUUAUUGUUCAUUCUAACACUCUUUCUACUCCAAUAUUCGUACCAUUACAAAAAGUCGGAGGAAUGACUUCAGAGGUGAUAAUGGAUCACAUUAAUCAUGUCUUAACUAGCCAUGAGGACAUGCCCCUAGAUGAAAGUUUUUAUGUAGACAUUGGUACAAUAGAAGUACCUUCUGGAGGUCGAGGGCGUGCCAUUCAACAUCUUACAGGACCCUAUUGUUCUGGUGCAAGAAAAAGAUCGAUUUUGAAAAUUAACAAUCAGGAUAACACCUGUAUGGCCCGUGCUAUUGCUAUGGCAUUCGUGAAAGCGAAUACAGUUUCAACCCAAGAAUGGCACGCACUCAUCAACGAAGAUGAUGAUUGCAAAGAAAAAUUAAUUUGGAAACAUAAGAAAGCCCCAAAUUGGUACUAUUCUAAGCUUCGUUUUCGUAAUGAUCAUCUGGACCGUCAAACGAAGCUUACCCACGAACUCUGCAGGUUGACAGGUACACCAACAAACCGACCGUUAGCUCUAUCAGAUAUCGAUGCUUUUGAACAGUUUUUAAAUGUAGACAUAUUGGUUAUAAGGGCUGUCGGAGGAAACAAAUUUAUUAAGACUCCUCCCGAAGGAAGUCAAAGACAACGUCUUUAUUUACAUUUAAUUGAAGACCCAGAUAAAAAAACUGCUCAUUUUGAUGCUAUUGUAAACAUUUGUGGGUUUUUUGGCAAGUCCAAGUUUUGCUCUGAUUGUUUAAUUCCUUACAGAAAUUUACAUCAGUGUGAGUCUGCCUGUUAUGUUUGCAAGAGAAAACAACGGUGUAGAGUAUCCGAUGUUCAGUUAUCUUGUAAAACUUGUCACAUGACGUGUCGAUCUUUAUCAUGCUACGAAAGUCACUUACAACCCCAAGGUAAAAGAAAAGAGUCAUCGUGUGCUCGGUGGUGGAAAUGUGUGACGUGUAUGAAAGUAAUAGAUCGAAAGGUGAGAGAUCCAAAUGAACACGUGUGUGCUGAGUGGUUGUGCAAAAGUUGUGGUAAAUAUGUAGACUCUACACAUCUGUGCUACAUUCGUGCAACGGAAAGCAAAAAAUCAAAGCCCAAUUUCAUUUUUUUCGAUUUUGAAUGCACACAAAGCGCACGCACCUUACAGUGCUCUGACGGGUUUAAUCACGAUGCAGCUCGAUGCAAAAUCUGUAAAAAUGAAACGGACUCGUGUUCGCUAUGUUCAAAUUGUCAACAGUCUCACUGUGGAAAAUUUGAACACGUCCCUAAUUUAGUUAUCGCACAAAAGGUCUGUGAAAUGUGUUUCGAUGAAAACGUUUCUCCUACCUCGAAAUGUCAGUUCUGCGGAACACGAUGUCCUCUAUGUAAUCAUUACGAUAAAGAAAAUAAAUGUUUUAGUAAGAAUCCUUGUGAAGAGACCUGCGGCUUUCGUGAAGUCGUUUUUCGCGGGGAAAAUGUACAGAGAAAAUUUGGUCAGUGGCUUUUUUCGGAGCAGAACAAACAUUACACCGUCAUUGCUCAUAACAUGAAAGGCUACGACGGAUAUUUUUUGUUAGAGUAUCUCAUUGCAAAUUCUAUUGUUCCCCAGGUCAUCUAUUCGGGUUCAAAAAUCAUGUAUAUCCAGGUCGCAAAUGAAUUAAACAUUCGAGUCAUCGAUUCGUAUAAUUUUUUACCGACCAAAUUAUCACAGUUGCCCAAAGCUUUUGAUUUACAGGAGCUUAAAAAAGGCUAUUUUCCUCAUUAUUUUAAUACCCCCCAGAAUCAAACUUAUGUUGGCAGUUACCCAGAUGUUAAUCAGUACGGAUGUGACACUAUGAGUGAUAAAGAUCGCAGUGCCUUCUUGACCUGGCAUCAGUCUAAAAUUGAAAGUGGGGAAAUAUUUGAUUUUGCGAAGGAAAUCGUUGAUUAUUGCCGUAGUGACGUAGAUAUUCUUCGUCAAGCCUGUUUGAAGUUUAGAGAUAUCUUAAUGAACAUAACGGGUAAAGUCGAUUUUGACUUGAAUGAAGACGGAAAUAUAGAAUCUUACUUAAAGGGUAGUGUUGACCCCUUUAAUCAUAUUACUAUUGCUAGCGUUUGCAUGUCAGUUUAUAAAACUAAAUUCUUGCAAGAAGAACUCAAAGUUAAAAUUAGUCAUCAAAGUAAAGAAUUGGGGUGGUUUCCGGGUAAACGCAUAGAUGGAGAUAUCUUCGUAGACAUUCCCGACAAAGGUUGGACCAAGGCUCAAGAUAUGCAGGAAAAUGACUUUUUCAUUGAGGAUACGGAAUUUGUCAGCAGCCCUUUAGCACAGGUGCCUUCUGCGGGCUACCACAGGGAUCAAUAUAGUAAAAUUUCUAUUUCUUGGUUAGAAUGGUUAAUGGAGCAUGAAAAUUGGAAAGGGAAUCACCCUCUUUAUAUAAGACACGCCCUUAAUGAGGGAGAGUAUAAACUUCCAAAUUCAAAGUACAAAUUAGAUGGGUAUUGCGUAGAAACAAACACUGCUUAUGAGUUUAAUGGUUGUCUCUGGCACGGGUGCCCGGCGUGUUAUUCUAAAUCUGAAAAACGAAGAAUGAUAGUGCCCCGUACAAAUCAGACUUUAGACGAAUUGUAUGCUUUGACCAUAAAAAAAGAAAAAUAUAUUAAAUCCCUGGGCAUGCGACUCGUGUCUAUAUGGGAACACGAAUUCGUAGAAUUAAUGAAAUUCAAUCCUAUUAUGUCCGACUUCGUAAAUUCUCUUGACAUUCAAGAACGACUCAAUCCCAGAGACGCUUUUUUUGGAGGACGAACAAAUGCAGUUAAAUUAUAUAAAAGAGUUACUGAUGGAGAAAAAAUUCACUACUUAGAUUUUUGCUCUCUCUAUCCUUCAGUCAACAAAUAUUGCGUGUACCCUCUGGGACAUCCUAAAAUCAUUAUAAACAAUUUUACAAGCAUUCAAGACUAUUUUGGCAUCGCCAAAGUAAAAAUCCUCCCCCCACGCAAGUUAUAUCAUCCAGUUUUACCUCAGAAAAUUAAUGACAAGUUAAUGUUUAGUCUGUGUCGGACUUGUGCGGAAAAAGAGAGACAACCGCUGUGUACUUGUAAUGACGAAGACAGGUGUUUAACGGGGUCAUGGUGUACGCCAGAACUUAACCGGGCUGUUGAAAAAGGUUAUCAGAUCAUCAAAAUUUACGAGAUUUAUCACUUUGAUAACGUCUCGUCCCCCAAUGAUCCGAAUAAUGACCUCUUUGGAGGAUAUAUCGAUCUAUUUCUGAAAUUGAAACAAGAAGCUAGCGGUUGGCCUGAGUGGGUUCAAUCCGAAGAUGAUGCGCUUCAAUAUAUUCGGAGUUAUGCAGAAAAGGAAAAUAUAGAAUUGCACCAUGAUUCCAUUUAUAAAAACCCUGCUUUGCGAUCUAUCGCUAAACUAUUAUUAAACUCAUUUUGGGGGAAAUUUGGUCAACGUUUAAAUAUGCCCCAGACUACCUUUUUCCACGAGACUGAGGCUGAUAAAUUUUUCAGAUGUCUCUUCGAUCCCUCUAAAGAGGUCACUGACUUUCAUAUUAUCAAUGAAGACAUGAUAAAUAUGACCUGGAAAAGUAGUGGAGAAUUAGUGAAAGAGGAUUAUCAGACAAAUAUUUUUAUCGCGGCUUUCACUACCUGUUGGGCAAGACUGAAAUUGUACGACAUCUUAGACAUGCUCGACACACGGGUAUUAUAUUUUGAUACUGAUUCUGUAAUUUUUGUAAGCAAAGUGGGUGACGUUGAGCCUCCAGUCGGACCUUAUCUAGGUCAAUUGACUAAUGAAUUGUGUACUGAUGAUCACAUCACUGAAUUCGUGUCGGGUGGACCAAAAAAUUAUGCCUUUAAAACGUUUAAAGGUCAACAGGUUUGUCGCAUUCGUGGGUUUUCUUUAAAUUAUAAAAAUGCGCAAUCUUUGAACUUUACAUCUAUGCUAGAUAUUGUAACAGGUGAUCAGAGCAAAACAUUGACUGUCACUAACCCUCAAAAAAUUACUAGAGCAAAACGUUCUGUUAAAGUUUAUAAUAGUGUAGAAAACAAACAGUAUCAGCUUGUGUAUUCUAAACGAGCAAUGCAAAAGGACUCUUAUGACACCUUACCCUUUGGCUAUUAACCUUUGUAUACUGAUUUAUAAUCAAAGAUGCACUUUUUUUCUUUUAUUGUUUUUCUAAAGGAAAUGUACAAUAUAUAUAUAUAUAAAUAUUAGUCAUUUGAAACACAUGUUUUUUUUGUGACACAUUAAAGUUUUAUCCAUUGUACACCAG